UCUAAGAAGCGUUGUGAUGGUGACACUCCUUCGUCCUGCUCCUUUUCUAAGAACUCGAUCGGAUCUUGGUUCCCCUCCGAUUCAGCAUCUUGGUUCCCCUCCGAUUCAGCCUAGGUUUCGCUUUAUAUUUGUAACCCUUGUCCAAUCAAUCAAACAAACAAAAAAAGAGAUCGUGGUUAUCGCCUCCCCCUGCAAACACGCUGCGCCGCCUUCUUGUGGACUCUUCGAUUCCACUCACUUCCACCUCCGGCGACCCUCUCUUGCUUCCACAAAGAGGCGUCUCGUCGUUCCACACCCGACGACGGAAGCUUUGUCAGUUUCCUGGUUGAAAAGACUCACCAUUUUUCCCUAAGAGAAGAAAAGCUCAGAUUUUUUUGAACGAAUCCGGGAGUUGCCAGAUAAAUUAUUUUGAGUAAAGUCCGAAUCUCUUAAUUGAAAUUUCUUCCGUUUGUAUCUCAAGUUUUCUCCUUGUGUAGUUUAAUUUAAUUGAAGAAUCAGCAAGUCCUUCGGCGGGUGCAUAUGGAUGUACCGUUUGGUCACAAAGAAAGCCAAGCUGAAGCAGAAGAAGAUAGGCUCAGUGCGCUUCCCGAUGACAUCCUCCUCAACAUCCUUGAGCGGUUGUAUUUGCACAAUCUAAUGCAUACCAGCACCCUUUCAAGGCGAUGGAGACACCUCCCGCUCUUAAUCUCACGCCUUGUUUUGCAUGUUGAUGAGUUCUUGCAAUGCUCUGAGAGUCGCACAAUUGGUAAAGUGAUGGUUUCGUACUGUGAAGCAACGACAAAGUUGCUGGCAUCAACAACAAGUGCCAUCAAGGAUAUCCGCCUCAGCUUCUACCUUGCAGACCCAUGUCACCUGCACUCCAUUGGGCAGGCUGUUGGCAAUGCUGUUCAGAGUAGCAAUAUAGAUUUUCUCGAGUUCAACAUAUGGCCUGAGAUCAGAGGUACAAGAUGCACUGAGGAGCACCGGAUGUUAUUUGGCCAACGCUUCAUGUCUUUCUUAGAUGCCUGCCCCAACACAUUUGGAUCGCUUACGAGCAUCACUCUGCGUAAUCUGCAAUUCGGUGAAGCAGACAUGCAAACCAUCAUGAACACAUGCGACAACCUGCAGGCCCUUUCCCUGCACUCUUGUAUGCUGGGCAAUACACAUUCUGUACUGAAGAUUGAUGCACCUAGCUCCCAGCUAGUGGCGCUGGAAUUUAGCAGAUGUUACUUCUCACAAGUUGAGUUGGCAUGUCUCCCGCGAUUGGCUCGUUUGGUCUACGAUACCUGGUUAUCCAUUAAAUCUCCACUACUAUUUGGCUAUGUCCCCCGGCUUCGUAACAUAAGAGUUGCCUGCGCUCUAUUGUCUUGGCAGAUGCCAUUCACAUUGAGUGGGUGUCUGUCUAACACCAGUAGCCUGUCAACUCUGUAUCUGGAUUUCCAUGAUGAAAUGGUUUGGUUUCAACCUGAAGAUCCGAAAAAGCUAGUUCAUGCAUUCAGUAAUCUGAAAGUUGUACAUCUGUAUGGUAUUUUCGCCGACUGUGACCUUAAGUGGACUUUAUUAUUUCUUGAAGCCGCGCCUUUCCUCCACAGCUUUUAUGUCAAUAUAUCACGUCAUAUAUGUGGACGGUACAAGCUUUCAUGCGCUGAUAAUGCUGAAAAGACCAAUGUGAUGUGGGAACCAUCAGAUUUCAAGCAUUACAAUUUAAAUUUAUUGGACAUUGAAGGAUUUCAGAAGGAAGAGAAGUUGAUAAGUUAUAUAAAGCUUGUUAUGGAGCGGGCAGUGACUUUGAGGAAUAUUCAUCUGCAUUAUAUGGAGCGCUGCGAACGCUGUGACUCUAUAAAUAAGCAGGCUGCAUUCCCCAUCAUGGCCAAGUUUCACAAUAAUGAAGGCGAGCAUAAUCUAAUAAGGAAGCUAGUUACCAAUGGAUCAUCAUCGUCAUCAUUAUCAUCUGUAGAGAUCAUCAUAGAAUGACCUUGCUAAUAAGUCAAUCGGGGUUUGUAAGAUAGUUGUAAGCUGUAACUGCACUUGUUCCUAAAAUGUUACAUGUUUGAGAACUUGUAUUUUCCAUUAUGAGAGUGUCUCUAGCAUACCUCUGGAUGCGGUAAACCGCAUUGCUGUUUUAUGGUGCAAAAAUCGUCGCGGCGGAACAUAUUAGGCAUACAUGUACGGUUCAACAGAAUCUGUCUAUA